CGCAGCAUUCACAUUCCAGCAACCGGGCCAAACAAAUUUAGAAGUUUGUGAACAAACCAACAUUUUGCCCUAGGAAGUGUACUUGACAACCAAAAAAGCAUCAAUAUGAUGCUCUCACGCCAAAAGCCGGCCAUUGGGCCUGGCUCCACUACCCCAGCAAAAGAAAACAAAAAGAAGAAAAAGCUUCCAAAGUUGGAAGAAUUUUUGGAAGCGCGAGAUUACACUGGGGCAAUAACUUUGCUAGAAUUCAAUAGAGCCGGUGGGAAAGGAGACCAGGAUACAGAUCUGUGGAUUGCCUAUUGUGCCUUCCAUCUGGCAGAUUAUAAACGAGCCAUGGAGGAGUACAACCGUAUUACAGCAAAAGGCACCUGUCAUCCAGAUGUGUAUGUGAACCUUGGUUGUACAUGUUUCUUCCUCGGAAUGUACCCUGAAGCUGAUGAGGCUGCACAGAAGGGUUUGCAGCUAGCUGGAAUUUCUGUUGAAAAUCUUCACAAGGAUGCUUCUCCCACAAGUCGUCUCCAGAACCGACUUUUGUUCCACCUCUCCCACAAGUUUAAUGAUGAGAAACGACUGAUGGGCUACCAUGGUCAGCUACAGGACAUCAUAGAGGACCAGCUCUCCCUGGCAUCCAUACAUUACCUCCGCUCACACUACCAGGAGGCCAUAGAUAUAUACAAGAGAAUACUGCUUGAUAACAGAGAUUUCUUGGCACUAAAUGUGUAUGUGGCUCUGUGUUACUACAAGCUGGACUACUACGAUGUUUCACAAGAGGUGUUAGCCGUAUAUCUACAGCAGUUCCCAGACAGUGCCGUCGCCCUCAACCUGAAGGCAUGCAACCACUUCCGCCUUUAUAAUGGCAAGGCUGCAGAGGCCGAGUUGAAAAAUCUUGAGGACAUGGCAUCACCAUCCUUCAUUUUUGCCAGGGAUCUUAUCAAGCACAACCUGGUGGUGUUUCGGGGAGGAGAGGGGGCCCUACAGUGCUUACCUCCCUUGAUUGACGCCCUCCCGGAGGCCAGGCUCAACCUUGUCAUCUAUUAUCUCAAACAAGAUGACGUUGGUGAGGCCUACAACCUGAUCAAGGACCUGGAGCCAACCACACCCCAGGAGUACAUCCUCAAGGGGGUGGUGAAUGCCGCACUCGGACAGGAGCAGGGAUCGAGAGAACAUCUAAAGGAAGCUCAACAAUUUUUCCAACUAGUUGGUGGUUCUGCAAGUGAAAGUGAUACAAUCCCAGGUAGACAGUGUAUGGCCUCCUGUUUCUUCCUGCUCAAGCAGUUUGAGGAUGUCCUCAUAUAUCUCAACUCUAUCAAGAGUUACUUCUACAAUGAUGACACAUUCAACUUCAACUACGCCCAGGCUAAGGCUGCUGUCGGAAACUUCAAAGAGGCUGAGGAAGUGGCUCUGCUGAUCCAGAGUGACAAGAUUAAAAAUGACUACACCUACCUCAGCUGGCUGGCCAGAUGCUACAUAAUGAAUCGCAAGUCUCGUCUAGCCUGGGAGCUGUACCUGAAGAUGGAGACGUCCGGAGAGUCCUUCUCCCUCUUACAACUCAUAGCAAAUGACUGCUACAAGAUGGGUCAGUUCUACUACGCUGCAAAGGCAUUUGACGUCCUGGAGAGACUGGACCCGAAUCCCGAGUACUGGGAGGGGAAGCGAGGGGCGUGUGUGGGUGUGUUCCAACUCAUCAUAGCUGGACAUGAACCCAGGGAGACAUUGCGAGAUGUGAUUAACAUGCUGCGAAACACGAGCAACCCACAAGUGGAAUACAUGGUGCGGACAAUGAAGAAGUGGGCAAAGGAAAACCUUGUGCCUCUACCCUAGUGAUUCAAGAAGUUAUAGUUUAAAAUUCCAUUGAUUCUGAAUACCAUGUCUAGGGGAGUAUUUGCAGCAAAAUCCUGAAAAAUAAGAGUUUUGACUUGACAAGGCUAAAAUCUGGUUUUCAUACAGUGAAGAAAAAAGGAUAUUCGCCAGUUAAAAUUUAGUUAAAUGAUGGCAUUUAGCCUGUUCCUGAAUGCUCCUCCCACUGCUGUGUGGUUAUGUUUCUGCUGCUCCCUAGAUCUGACAAGUGUUCUCUCUCUGUUCUGUGAUACUGAUUUUUUACCAGACACUGGCAUUGUAUAUGACAUGAUGCUAUAUCUCUGUGGUUGUGCCCUUCUUGAGAAUCAUACAUGAUAUAUUACUGCUGUUCAUGGCCCUUGGAAGAUAUGUCAUUUUCCAUGAGUUAUAAUGUUACUGAUUGUUAAACAUAAACACUGGCAUGUAUAGUUGUUGAACGGAACACACCAAGGGCAGUAUUCAUAUAGCAUCUUGGUGAAAAUGUGUUUUUUUUUCGAUUUUGAAUGUAAAGAAAACAAUAUGUGUACACCAAAAUAUGAAAAUAAGCAAGAAAAUGGUCUUAAUAAUAAAUGAAUUAUCAUUGUCAAACUUCAGAAAAGUUACUCCAAAAUGCUUUAUGUAUACUUGUUUGAUUUGCAUGUGAUUGUUCUCACUCAUAGACACAUUCAGAAUAUAAAAAGUAGAAAACAAAGUUCUUAUGUAUGCUUUUCUUUUUUACUACAGUUUAUUUAUUUCAAUUAUAUAAUUAUUUUAAUUGUGAUCCGUCCACUGAUUGUGUAAGAUGUUUUGAGUGACAUUCUGUUGUAAAUGAUGUAAUAUUAUGAUAGUUAUUGUUCAAAUUUAUUUUAUUUAUAGUUGAGCAAAUGAAAUUGUAAAAAAUGAAAAUGUUAUUACCAAUGAACAUGUGCUUUAAACCAUGGCAACUGG